ACCUGGAGCUGUUGUCAUAGACAAUGGAGGAGAAUGGGUUAUUGUUGCGAACAUCUUUGUGGCUGCUUGAAAUUAUCAUGUAUCUUUUCCUUCUUUCUCGCUAACCUUAUCUCUUCUCCUCCUCUCCUCCACACAUGAACCAGCCACUGCAGUGAAACCAACGGGCGAACGCGUUGACCACCGAAGUCACCAUCAUGCGAUUUCCACCAAGAUCGCCAUAAGCCGAUCUUCGCCGUCUUCGCCCAAUAACGUUGCCGUAAAACCCCAGGCGAUACUGAAACAGAUCCAUUGAUGCCUAUCCCUGCUGAUAUCGAUUUGCCAAGCAACACCAGGCAUACAUUUGAUCAUGUGUGCUUCUUGGCACAGAAUGUUCAGCUAUCAUCUCACAUGAAACGCAUCAACAGAUGGUCGUUGCAACCUAAAGAAAGGAUGGAAGGACUUUGCAGCAAAAAACAUUGGCAUACACCUACACGCAAUUUGCAUGUUUCUUUUCUACAAAGCAACCCACGUUGCACUGACAGUUGAUGUUCGGUGAAAAACAACUGUUCACCUUGUCCCACAGAUAUCAUUUUGCUAUCGCUGCACUAUAGGCUUGCGAUAUUAUCCAUGUGAAACUCUUGCCUAACCUGCCACUAUAUCUAUACUGAUAGCCACUCUAUCAUUGACACUUAAUGUGGCUCGUAUGUUUCAUGUAAAUUUAAGCUAGCGUCUAUAUGUAUGUCUGCUGCUAAAAAAAACUAAACAGACAUGUUUCUGUGCCUGGUUAGCAAUGUCAUCUAUCUGUUAACCUUUCCACAACAAAAUUUCAAUGCUUUCAUUGUUCUGUCCAUUUAUCAAAAAAGAAAACUGUUAUUUUCCUUCAUGGUAAAUGUACUCACCAUAUAAUCAAUAGCCAGGUUUACUGUCCCCAGGCGGCGCGCGCCCUAGACUCUAGUUUAAAUGUAUACCCAACGCUUUUGGCUCAACAAGGUGGAUAGAGAUGGAAAAUAAAGAAGAGUGGAGGAUGGAGGAGGAAGAUAGAACUUGCAUGUGGGUCUUACAUCUAAAGCUUUUUUGUUUUUCACCUUGAAAAUCUGCUUCAGUCUUGGAAAAUAUGCCGAAAACUAAGAGGGGUGGUGAUGAUCUCGCUAGAAGCUUGCAUAAGAACAGAAAAACUUGCAAUGGUGGAAGAACUGACUCAUUGGCCUCAGGUUGCUUGCAUGGGGACCCUAAUGAGGAUGUCUGGACUGAGCUCAAUGAUGUGGUUAAAUCUAAUUUGUCUAAAAGUGUCGCGUCGCUUAGUUUGCGCAAUGGAGACACGGUCUUAUUUGCAUGCACAGGUGUAGCUGUAGACCGCCAGGGGCGUCUUACAAAGUUCCUCACUUCUGCAAGUUUGGUAGAGCUUUUGGUUAGAGCUCUCAAUGAUACAAACAAAAACCAUGGUGACUUAGAGCUCGAAGUGUACCAUGAAGGCAAUGAAGUAUGCCAGGGUUAUUUGACUGAUUUUGAUUUGGAUCACAAUCUGGCCAUCGUCGAAAUCUGGACUGACUUUGAUGUUCAUGUUGGACUUCUCCAACAUGCGGUGGAAUUUCUGCCCCAUUGUAAGGUAAUAGCUAUAGGGCGUGAAAUCACUGGCAAACUGAUGGCCAGGAGGGUGCAGUUAAUGGAUGAUUUAAGUGUAUCUGAAGAUAGUGAAGAUCUUGACUGUAAAAUCAAAGAGGCUUGGGAAGGUGCACCACUUUUUUCUUUUGAUGGGAACUUUGUUGGCAUGAACCUUUUUUUGGCUAUGGGAAGAGCCUUUUUCCUGCCAUGGGGCACUAUUCAGAAGCAUUGGGCAUCCCUGCAAAACAAGACGGGACUUCCAGAGUCAAACAGUUUGAAGGUUUAUAGGUUUGGAACAAGUUCCACAGCUGAGAAAUCUAACAGCCAUCCAGAAGUAAACAACGAUAUUCUCGACCCGGAGCAGAUUCAUAUAGACUCUAUGGGCUAUCCAAAGUUUCCAACACACAUGUUUGCUGAUGGGAUGAUUUUGGUUAAUACUUUCGAAGAGACUUUCGGCGAUCUACGUGGUGAAGGUGUAUGGAGUAAACUCAGUAAAAAAUCUUGUUCUAACAUAGACCGCAGUGUUGUCGCACUAGCUUCAUUCAGUGGAGAGAGAAGGUUUUUUGCAUGCACAGGCUUUUUUGUUGAAUGGAAUGGUUCUACAGUUAUUUUGACAUCAGCAAGCUUGGUUAGAAGUUCUGGCGAUGAGAACAAGAUUGUUGACAACUUGAGGUCAUCAUUGUAUCAUUUGCAGAUUGAAGUGUUGCUUCCAAACAAACAACGCGUAGAAGGGAUGUUACAGCAUUGUAAUCUUCAUUACAAUGUUGCUCUAGUCAGUGUGGGUUACCGUGCUCUUCGCCCAGCACAUGGUCAGCUUGAUUGGUGGGGCAAGAGUAGUAAGGUAGUGGCUGUAGGGCGUUGCUUCAAGUCAGGUGCAUUGAUGGCUGCAAGUGGAACGGUAACCCCCUGGACAGGCACACUCGAUUGCGACUUCCUCGAACGUUCGUCAUGUAAAAUCACAAAGGCUGGGAUUGGAGGCCCUGUUGUUACUCUUGAUGGGGAUUGUAUUGGUAUGAACUUCUAUGAUACGAGAAUAGGAACCCCUUUCCUGUCGUGGGAGGUGAUUGUUGAUAUUGUAGCAUCCUUUGAGGAAAAAAGGUGGCCAGUGCCUAUGCCAUAUUGAUGCCACCCGGACUGUGUGUAGGAUGAGUCUGAAGAUGAUGAAGAGUUGGGGUUUUCAUCCACAUUUGGCUGCAAGCUGAAGUACAAUUACAUAAAUGGAGAGAAAAGCGUGUUCUUUUAGUUGCUGUUAGAUGUAGAAGAAACCUAACCUGAACUUGUUGUCAAUCUCACUAUAUCCUAAAGCCUGAACUUUUAUAUAGGAAAAACAAGUGAAGCCAGAACUUGUUGUCAAUCUCACUAUAUCCUAAAGCCUGAACUUUUAUGUAGGAAAAAAAAAAGUUAAGCCAGAACUUGUUGUCAAUCUCACUAUUUACCUGAACAACCUUUGUUUGUAGGCAACAAUCAGAAAAAUUCCAAGCAAAAAGUAUCUCUUUGACAAGGUUA